CUCGGCUAUCUUGCCAAUAUAAUAGAUAAUUUUUGUCUUCUCUCAAACAGACCCAGCGAGUCACGUGAGAAGCUGCAGUGGGUCAUAUGACCGAAGGGGAAGUUCACUCUGAUUGCACAAGAGUACAGAGUACACUACACUACACAAGCCUGUCUCGCAGGUGCAUCAAAGUACGGGGAAAUAUAGCCUUACUUUCUUUUUCUACUUGGGACUAUAUGUAGGCUAUUGCUCGUGGUCACUCGCAGACUCAAAUCUCUGCGUAGUUCUGUAAACAGGAGCGUGGUGUGACGCGAUGAAGGUGAGCGGUGUGUUGCUGUGUGUGUUGCUGCUCUGGGCGGAGGGCUCCCGGGCUGAUACCCCGGCCAACUGCACCUAUGAAGAUCUGUUGGGCUCCUGGGUGUUCCAGGUAUCGACGGGAGGGAAAGACAAAGGCAUCAACUGCUCUCUGAUGGGUAAGAGAUGGAAAUACGGAAUAACCUCAAGUUUUAAGCAAUUAAGUUGGCUAUGUAACUUUUUUUAUUGGUUCGAUUGUUAACUUGACCCGGUAGGUUACUCGUGUAUUUGUUUGUAGCCUAUUGAUUGUGCUUUCGUUACAUUGUUUGAUACAAUUUUCACCUCUGCCCAAUGUUACAAUGUCUAUCCCAUGUUACUUUGUAAUACGGAAGAACCCCGAAGUUUAAUUGAGGUAAUUACCUAAAAUGUCUCUGCUGUUUGUAUGUUGUGUUUAAAAAAAGACACCGUUGAUAAGUCGAUAACUGUGCACCUGGAGAAGCUGUCUGUGGCGGUGGAUGAUCUGGGAAACACGGGCUUCUUCACCCUCAUCUACAAUCAGGGCUUCGAGGUGGUCCUCAACGACUACAAGUGGUUUGGCUUCUUCAAGGCAGGUUUAAGCUCUCACUUAUGCUUAUUCAAGUGUUUCAUUCAGGGUUACAGUUUAGUCUAUAAUGGUAACAUACUACGAUAUCUGCCAAGUAUGGAGGACUAAAAGUGCCACAAUUAAAUAAAUAAAUACACCAUUAAAAAAUUACUUAAAUGUGUCAUUAAUUAAUUCAAAUUAGAAUUAAAUACAUAAAUGUGUAAUUAAAUGAAUCGGUAUUUGAAUUAAUUAAUGAUACAUUUAUGUAAAAUACAUAUAUAAUUAUUUCACUAUUUACAUUUACAUUUCAUGAUCCUGCAUUGCAGUGAUUCAUGAAUUACUUAAAACUGUCAAAAUGACCCAUCAAAGUCAGUGGGCGGGGGCUAACGCGAAUUGUCUGAUCCAUUGCUUUGGUCUGAAAAUAGAGUAGGCCAACCCGGAUAGAGACAAUGAGGAUCUCCGUGAACUUUCCAGGGAGUUGGUUAGAGACAUUUUAAACUUAGCAAGGGGUAGAAACAGGACCCUGCUGACAUUAUCCGGAAUUGAUUUGUCUUGGCUUGAUGCAGAGGGUAACCAAUCGGCGUUAGGUUCCGCCUACCAACUUUUGAUGGGGCGUUUGACAGUUUAAAAUUCAGGAGCCAUCCAACGCAGGACCAUGAAAUGUAAAUGUAAAAAGUGAAAUUUUAUAUAUGUAUUUUACCUAAAUGAAUCGGUAUUUGAAUUAAUUAAGAGACAAAUUUUAAAAACAAAAUUUAUGUAUUUAAUUCUAAUUUUAAUUAAUUAAUGACACAUUUAAGUAAUUAUUUAAUGGUGUAUUUAUUUAUUUAAUUGUGGCACUUUUAGUCCUCCAUAGCCAAGAGAUCAGGAACCUUUUUGGCAGACAUGGAAUUACAUUGUCAUACAUUUUAUCUCCUGCCUGUAGGCUACAGAAAAGGCCACAUGCUCAUAUCCUAUAUCUGCUACAGGAUUUUUGUUUGAUUAUUUUUUUGACGGAAUAUUGAUGGAACGCUGCAGAGAUUCUUCUCUCCAACAGCACCCUGGAGAGGCGCGCUGGGAAUGGACAAGCAAAAUAUUUUGUGGGCACUGCUUAUCAAAGGGUGGCAUCAGCGCUCACCUAAAAACCCAUAUGCUGCUGGUUGAGAGAGUGUCGUUGUUUUGGGGCAGAAUUGUGAGGUUUUAUGUGUUACAGGUCAGUUUAGUGCAGUAAAUGCCGUCAAUCUGCCACCAUAGGUGGCUGCCUAAUGAGCGGGCCUGCCGUGGUGGAAGUCACUUAUCCUGUAGCCUUGCACAUUAAGUUUCAGGCUCGUCAGACACAUGGCUCGUAACCUUUCCUGUAAUUGCAGAGUUGGUGGUUCAAGCUUUAAUCUGACUUUUACCUCUCAAUUGCUACAUUAUUGAUACAUUCAGGCUUGUGAUUCGAAGUUACUUUCAGGGCUGUGUUGCAACUUUUCUCCAUUCAGGGUUAUCUUUCGUUUUGCUUUCAGUCUUUUUUUAAAUGUAUGACUGCCUUGUGACUGUAUCAGGGGAAAUGUUCAGUGUUGUCACGCCUACAUGGUAGAGGUGACUUGCAGACGUCAGUUCUACUUCCUUUUUGAAACUGUCUGGACUUGUCUCAGCACACAGUGACACACACACACCACAUGCUUCACUGGAAAAGCCCAUUGUUAGAUACUCAUUGCUGUUCAUAAAGCCACAAAUGGUCUGCUAACUCUCAUAUUGUAAGCCUUUAUCAGGGUAAUGGCCACAACCUAUUUGCAUAAAACAUCACUGACUUGUUGCACUUCUGCUUUUCAAAGAUAAGAGUGAUUUUUAAUCUACAACUCAGGCCAUGAAGAUUCAAUAUGUGAUUGUCAUCGGUCUCCACACAGGGACGCCUCGUGCACACAGACUGACUUCCUCCUCUCUGUUCCAGUACUCUGAGCAGGGCUCUGAGGUGACCAGCUACUGUGACCAGACUCUGCCAGGCUGGGUCCACGAUGCUCUGGGGAACAACUGGGCCUGCUUCACUGCCAAGAGGGUCAUCCCAGUACCCCCUCGCUCCGUACACACACACCGCUACUCCCACAAGGACCUCCUGUGAGUAGCCUCAGGGGUUUAGAGCGGUUUUGAUAAUAAUAAUAAUAAUAAUAAUAAUAAUGCUCCCCAAUAAUCACCUCUACGUUUUCACAUUAAAGUUCGAUAGUUGGCUAGAAGGCUAUUUUUCAUCCAUGGUCCCAUUUUACUGUGAGUUUUGCUCAUAUAGAAAAACAAGCAGUCUGCUUAGCCUUGACUCUAUCUUUUACAUUGGCUGUCAGUCACGAGUCGUGUUCUGGUCUGACCAGUGCUCUUGGCUGCAACUUUCUCUCCCUCGGGCUGCUCCUGUGGUCCUGCAUUUGUGUUCAUUCUGUUUUCAUUCCCUCAGGCUGUGUCGGCGUUUACUCAUCCCCCACUCUUCUCUCAGGCUGCUCCAUAGGUCCUACAAACACAACAUGGACUUCAUUGAGUCCAUCAACGCGGCCCAGAGCUCCUGGAGAGCCACGGCCUACAGGGAACAUGAGACGUACACUCUGCAGCAGCUAAUGCACAGGGCUGGGGGACCAGCCUCUCACGUCCCCAGGUACAGUCACUCACUUGUGAAACUAUGACGUAUUGAAACAUUGAAUUCAAUAAUAAUGAAACUCAUUUUGGCGGACUUCACACACUCACUUACAGCCCCAAGGAAGAAGCAGGAGAAAAUGAGUCCGAUUCAGCUGAGAGAUUUGACUUCUGAAAGAAAAGGGAGAGACUCAGGGGUGCAACUUUGGUUUUAGAAGUGGGGGUGGGACAUAAUUUAUCCAGUCAGGUAAACACUCCAAGCAGCCUACCCGAAUGCUCGGAGGCUUCCGCAUGGUCUUAAAGUACACCUUUCCCUUUUUUAUAAAAAAAAAAAAUCAUAUUCCAAUGAUAAAACUGGGGGGGACAAAAAUGCAAUUUCAGAAUGUGGGGGGGGGGGGGGGGGGGGGGGCGGCAUGUCCCCAGUGAAAGUUUCGUUCCUGGAGAGCAUAAUCAUGUCAAGUGAGUCCAAGGCCGAGUCUGAGGGUUCUGUUCUAGGAUCAUAGAAUAGUCUCUCUCCCCACCUCGUCUAGACUGCUCUGGUAUGACAAAGGAAGGGAAUAGUCACUCUGUACAAGGUCUUAGAAAUGCCAGAAGUUUCUUCCCCCCCCCCCCCCCCCCCCCCCCCCCAGCUGCUAUAUCUUUCCCCCCCCCCACACGAAUUUAAAAGGAAUUGGAUUGGUGUCAGAAAUAUGGUGGGAGCUAAGUCCAGUCCAUGCUGUGACACCAAUCCAUAGUGUGGGGGGGACUAGUGAUAUUCUCAGGAGACAGUGGGGAAUAGGAUCACAUCAGUUGUGUUCAGUAGGUAUGAAACAGGACUUUUUAAAACUGGGGUACUACCUAAAGGUGUUCAAUAGGAACACUCAUUUUGGAUUAAUUGCAAAAAAUGUCCAUGGUGUGCCCUUAUCGUAUGUGUCUAUGCUCCUCCCCAGACGUGUUGGCCCCGCCCCUGUGACAGCAACGCUAGUCAAGAUGGCGGCCGGCCUCCCUGAGCGCUGGGACUGGAGAGAUGUCAACGGCGUCAACUACCUCAGUCCUGUCCGCAACCAGGGUAAAACACACGCCGGGUCAAAUACCUACACUUGUCUAUCGUGACUCUUGGUGGCAUCUGUCUCCUCUCCCAACCCCUGUGUAUAAUGUUCAGCCUGUCUGCAGUGGCUGAGAGGCCUUUGGAGUGUUCUCUACAGAGCAGUACCAUCAGCUCUCCUGUUCUCUUCUAGUAGAGGACUGUUAAACCAAAGGCCACAUAGUCCCUCUGGAUUAUAGCCUAGCCAAUGUUCACGUCUCAACCCGCAGACACAGCGUGUGUUUAGUGAGUGGUUGGAUAGCUGGCUGAGAGGGCCAUUUCAGGGAUGUAGGAGCUCUGUUGAAGAGGGGUUUUAACACGGGGCUACUGCAGUUUGAGGAAGUGGGGCCUUCUGCCCUGCCUAAAAGGCUCUGCAUAGUCAAUCCGUCACCGGCAGUGGCAGUACAGCAUCUACUGCGGAGCAGAGCUAUUGUGUAAUAAGUUGUCAAGGAAGUGAGUUUGUUUAUACAGGAUGUACCGCCCCCACCUCCCGUAAACCAAUCAUGUCAAUGCGGAGCUAUAAGGAUCCCUCCGCAUUGUUACAAAAUUUGAGGCGUGAUGGAGCUUGAUUUGGCCUCUGGAGGCUCCACAAUUGCGUCACACCCUCCAUACGAAGCCUCCGACCACAUUUUCGGCUCAAACAUAAAUAGGCUUUUAGGGUUCAUUCCCACAGAACUAUGGUUGCUGCUGGUGGCUAAAAUAGUUGCAGGUUAAAGAUGAUCCACUGACUGCUUGACCGGCUGUCUGGUUCUUACAGUGGUGACUGAUAUUGCAGUGAGGUUUUUGAUUGGUUGUGACAGUGCAGGGUUUGACUGGUACUCUGUUGUCUCCAGCUUCGUGUGGUAGCUGCUAUUCCUUUGCCUCAAUGGGAAUGUUGGAAGCUCGCAUCCGGAUCCAAACCAACAACACAGAGACGCCCAUCUUCAGUCCACAGCAGGUCGUCUCCUGCUCUCAGUACUCCCAAGGUAACGCGCACACUGCAUAAUUGUACCUCAAUGAUGUGUGUGUGUAUUUCUCCCAUAUCUCUAACCCCCUUUAAUUCCCCUCUCCUCCCCCUCAGGUUGUGAUGGUGGUUUCCCCUACCUCAUUGGGAAGUACAUCCAGGACUUUGGGAUUGUGGAAGAGUCGUGUUAUCCGUAUAUUGGGACGGAUUCCCCGUGUGACAUUCCCGAUGGCUGUCUCCGCCACUACGCCUCAGACUACAGCUACGUGGGAGGGUUCUACGGAGGAUGCAGCGAGUCUGCCAUGAUGCUGGAACUGGUCAAGAACGGACCCAUGGGGGUGGCCUUCGAGGUGGGACACACACACGUUGUUUGGUUUGUGCAUUGGCUAGCUCAAUAAGAGUAAUGGCCAGUAUUAGUUUGCUAAGUCAAAAUGGUAAAGGUGUAUUCCUCACGCUGUGUUCUUGUCCAGGUGUACCCUGACUUCAUGCACUAUAAGGAGGGCAUCUACCACCACACGGGUCUCCAUGACCCCAUCAACCCGUUUGAGCUGACCAACCACGCGGUGCUGCUGGUGGGCUACGGCCAAUGUCACAUGACUGGUCAGAAGUUCUGGGUGGUGAAGAACAGCUGGGGGAAGGCGUGGGGCGAGGGGGGCUUCUUCAGGAUCAGACGGGGGUCCGACGAGUGUGCUAUUGAGAGCAUCGCCGUGGCAGCCAAGCCCAUCCCCAAACUGUAGAGGGUCAACUGGGGUCAUAGGCAAGGGUCAAUCUUUAGGAGUUUUCCCAAUUGGAACCUAGCCUGAUACUCUGGCCUGAAGUCUACAAUGGUUUAUACAUGUAAUUAUUUUGUAGCUGAAAAGUUUGAAAUGGCUGGAACAUUGUUGAUGACAGAAAUAAUAGAUAACUGUGCAAACGUUUUCACCUUGCUCCCUAGGCUGUCUGAUCCUUGCCAUGCCAGUCAGAGAUGUAUUUUUGGGAAUGAUGCCUAAAGGGAACCUGCGUUAAUCCCCAAUGUAACUGGGAUUUGUAGUUUUUAAUCAGUCUUUUGUAGUUAGUCUGGUGAUUGAUAGGAGGGCAGAGGACCUCUGCUCUCUAGCUGUAAUCUCAUGGAAGCACGGGGGAGACUGUCUUCAAUGUCCUGUGAUUUUAUAUCCUCUGUCGCUAGUCCUCUCAGCUCUGUACUGUCCUCUCAUAUCUGCCUCAAGCUGUAAAUUGGAGUCUACUGGGAAUGUUCAAAAGGGACUGCUGUCUCAUUUGUGUAGAAAGGGAUAGUAUGAUUUAAUGUUGGUG